CGACGCUGGCUGGCUGGCAGGGGGCAGGGGCAGAGGGAACGGGGCACACCAGAGCACAAGAGACGAGGAGGGGGAGGAUGCUGAAGGUCGAGACGACGAGAGUCAAUGCAAUUCCACCUUUGAAUGCACGCCCACGCUCUGUCAUGCUCACCGAUCGAUCGAUCCUCGUAAGGACCCGGACACGAAGUUCCCAGUGAGGGAAUCCGUGUGCAAUUCGAUUUCAUUGCUUUCUUCGGUUUGCCGGUGGAUUGAUUCAGUGGUUGCAGGCCGAGGAGCAGCUGCGUGCCUCAGAGCUUAAGCCUGUGAAGCGACGCAGCUAUGGCCAGCAUUUUGUUUCAGGAAAGGGUAUUAGGUUUCACUCUGGGAACUGCCUUUGGACUGGGUGCUUACGUUUAUGAACAGAAGAAGUUCUGGCGAUCGACCAGAGAGCUAGCAAAUGUAUAUUCAGGAGGACAAUUGCCCCCUCCCGCUGUUUAUGUUCCUGAGCCCAUCUUUGGACGCCGGACCAAAGAUCAAUUGAUACAUGCCUGGAAUAUGGGUGUUGACCAAACUUUGGGCAAACUGGUAGCUGCAUUGAGCGAAAGGGGGUGGUAAUCGAGUUCUACGAGGAGCAAAAAUCUAUGUGAUGGAUGGGUGUCAAUCUACGAGAAGCAUUAGAGUUUAGCUCCAUCUUGUGUUGGUGAUUCCAGCUCGAGGGCUAUUCACGGGGUAUAUUUAUGUCAUAGUGUCCAGAUCACCUUCAGUGAAGAGUUUACAAAUCUCAUGCUAUGUUGGCGAGGAUGCUUCUUUGUACUUUACUUUCAACCAUCAUUGAGGAGUAUGAGCCCUCCAAAUGCGAGUCAUGCAACAGCUGUCAAAUUAAUUCCCCAAAGGGGAGGACAUCUUAAAUUUUGCGAAAAACUUUCAUUACAAUAAUUAUCAUGUGAAUACGAACUUUAUUGAGUUCGCGAAUUUUUCUUCUGUAUGUGCCUCAAUCUGUUCUGAAGUCAACUGUGCUACGCAUUGUGACCAGAUGUUUCAACUUUCUGACUGCUGAUGCUGGAGCAGAUGCUACCAAAGUCCUAAGAAGAAUAUGGUCUUGUCAGGCGUGUUUGAUGGUUGGAGGUUUAGGAUGAUGUACAAUUCAUGGUCUUGGUUCGAAGUCUUCGAUUCUGAAUUUCUUUCUCAAACGGUGGUGGAAACUGCUUUUUCUUUUCUAUCGUUGACGACAACACUGUACCUGGAGCUGGGAAUAACCAUUAUCAGCUUCAAAAGUUCGCACUCUCUCAAUACUCUAAUUUUGGAAGUUUAUAUCUUCUGUGUCUCCUAAUCUGGUGUGUGCAGUCAGGACUGCAAUUAGACGUGCCUGAGUUUGAACCGAAGCCUGGACGAUUGGACCACUUCAUAAUGUUGCUCAUUUCUCUCUUCUACCUGUUCCACUAAAUUUGAAAAGCUUCUUUUUGGAAAUAAUUUCGGGUUGGACUCUCACCAGAUUUUGGCAUGUGUGCCUCAGGAAUAGAAGUCUAAAUGUCGCUGUCGGUCACUUCUUGGGUUUCUUAGCUUCCUUCCCAGGUUUCUUGACUUCCUUGCCACCUUUUUUCGUCUUUUCCUUCGGUUCUUCAGGUGGUGGUGGAGGAGGGGGAGGUGGAGUAGGGGGUCUCUCAUCCACGCCAGUCCCUUCCAAAGUUAGUCGAACUCCUCUACCGAGGCGGAUUUGCACGUAUAUUACCUGACUGUAGAACCCAAUGUCGAAUGGUGCAAAUGAGAUUGUCACGAUCUGCCUGUUCCAGUGGAAUUGAAUUCCGAGGCUUUCUGUCAAUUCCAGAUCUCUUCGACCGCGAAUCCUACCUCUCUCCGGAUUAGCAGACCAUAUAAUGGGCCAAACUUUGUCCAGUCCUUGGGCAUCCUCCUGUA